CCCCGUACUUUACGUCUCACUCGAGUUUAUUCUUCCAUGCUCCACAGCUCCAGCCAGCUGCGGGGGUCGAUGGUGCUUCACUCCCCAAUCCCCACAGCAGUAGGGUUUGGAGAACUUGGCGUCGAUCGACUCUCCUCCUCCGGUGCGGCGGCCGAGGCUGCCGACUGCGAGUCUGCGAGGCCUCCAUCUCUUCUUGCUCGCAUCCUCCAUUGUGAGUUCCAAGCUAUUUGCUGCUCGCGCUGCAGCCUCGACGCACGCCGCCUGUUCGACGGAAUGCCUCCGGGGGAAGCCCCACCUCCGACCGGCGGCGAUAGGAUAGGGGGUCUGCCGGAUGGUGUCCUCCAACACAUCCUCGGCUUCCUCCCGCCGCAUGAGGCCGUGCGGACCUGCGUGCUCGCGCGGCGCUGGCGCCACCUCUGGAAGUCCGUCGCGGCCUUGCGCAUCACCAACUGGGACUGGAGGAAGGUGGUGCCCAUGGAGGAGUUCCGGUAUUUCGUGCACCACCUCCUGCUCCGCCGCGGGCGCGCUCCUAUCGACGAAUUCGAGCUCGAUCUCGCCGAGCUGUCCGACCGGGACACCCUCCGCGUGAACCGCUGGUUCCGGCAUGCAGUGAUGUGCCAGGCCCGGGUGCUACGGCUGGAUAUCCGUGUGAGCAGGGGAUCCGAGCUCGAGCUAGAAAACCUGCCUGUCGUCUCCCGGCACUUGCAAAAGCUAGAUCUUUAUGGUGUCAAAUUGAUGCACAAUUUCCUUGAUUUCUCGAGCUGUCCGGUGCUGCAACAUCUAGAGAUUGCUGGUUGCGACUUGUCUGAUUCCAAUGCCAGGAAGAUCUCUUCCCUAUCCAUAAAACACCUAAACAUCUCCGGUUGCAAUUUCAGCGAUACUUUCCACACACACAUUUAUGCGCCGAAUCUCCUCUCACUUGGUCUAGUUAAUUAUAUGAACCAGUCUCCUGUGUUUGAGGGUAUACCGUCCGGAAGCUUUAUCACAGGCCAAGAAGUUGGUGUUGUUAGUUCAGGAACAAGAUUUUAAUUUCGAAAUGUACUGGCAACGGUGCCCUACAUUUAGCAAGUUGAAGACUUUGUUAAUCAGUGCAUGCGCAUCUGCUGUUCUUGACUUUGAAGCUGUUAGUUGCAUCCUUCGACACUCACCAGUUCUAGAGAAUCUCACUCUUCAGUUUCAUCGCAUGGGACAUGGACCGGAUAGGGUGGAAAUGAAAGGAAGCUAUAGUCGAAUGGAUAGGUCAUCUGCAAUAUCAGAAUAUCUUAAGAUAGUUGUAGUCAGAUUUGAUGAGAUUGAUGAUUUAGUUAUCAAAGUUUUGAAGUUCCUCUCUGCAUUCAGUAUUCGUUUCAGUUUCGAGUAGCGUUUAAAAGUUUAGCUGUCCAUGGAUCUACUACUCUAUCACCAUUCAGAGGGUUGGUUCUUAAUUUGCAGUGACUGACGAGGGUGCCGUGUUCUGUCUGUAGGUAUCAUGUCAGUUCCAGCCAUAGCCCGUAGGGACGGUUUAGAACUGACGAAAUGACCUAGUCAGAAUUUGUAAUUGCAGGGCCCUAAAAGGGAUGUGGAAGUGUAGGUAAUCUAGUUAGGCCUUAUAUACCACCCAACUAUUCUAUGCUAUGUCUUUUGGACUCUAGUUUAACUCGGAUUCAUUCUCUCUGGGAAGAUAUGAAUCUGCUACCUUGAGCAUAGCUGGCUCUGUCAAUAUUGCUCCGCCUGAAAUGUUUAAUGAGGGGAGUAGUAUGCACAUUUGAUACCCUCUAUCCCAAAAUAUAAAAACCUAUAGUACUAUAUGUGAUAUUCUUGUCCAUAUUCGAAGUUGUCUUGUCUUGGUUCUUAUAUUUUGGGACAAAUGAUGUAAUGUAUUUUGGCAUGCUCGUCAAUCUGUGGAGCCCA